GAGACAAAGAUAUGGAACAAGAAGGAGAAAAAGGGAGAGAGGAGAGAAGACAAGUUCAACGUGCAGCAACACAACAACCUCCUCAGCAGCAUCAGAAAUGUCCACGCUGCGGUUCCAUGAACACCAAGUUCUGCUAUUUCAACAACUAUAGCCUCUCGCAGCCUCGUCACUUCUGCAAAACGUGUAAAAGGUACUGGACACACGGUGGAACCUUCAGGAACAUACCCGUUGGUGGCGGUUCCCGCAAAGUGAAGCGUGGCAAAACAAAUUCUUCAUCUUUUUCUUCUUCUUCUUCUUCAUCUUCCAAUUUGCUCACACAGCCACAGCAGAAUCUGUUGAUGAGGCCUUCACCACCCCUUAUCACUACUAUGGUUCAGUCUACUAGCCCUUACUAUCAUCUUGCUGGUGGAAGUGGGUAUUUGUCUUCUCUUGCAACACUUCAUUCUCUGAACAACAACACAUCACAGCCUUUCAAUCAGUACCUGAAAGUUGGUGGUGAUUUUGCUGGUUCUUCUAAUUCUCCUCUUGUGUCUGGCUUCAACGCUGCUUAUUCGCUUCCACCGCGAUUCCCCCAGCAACAAUCUAUGUAUCCUGCACAACAACAACAACAACAGCAACAACGUUUGAUUCCAUCAAAUAUGGCUAGCAGCGGUGCUGUUUCUCAUUCGGCUCUUCGCACGCAAAGCUUGAUCAACAAUGUUUCAACAAGUACAAACCAUAGGGCUAGUAUUUCUGAUGCUUCUUUGUGGAGUGCUGCUACUGUCAACACCACUUCCAUCGGUGGAAACUCUGAUCAGAACAAUGUCGUCAAAGGAGGUUCUUCUUCUUUGGUCCCAAGUCAUUGGCUUCAUCGCCCUGGGUUUGGUCCUCCUCAAUAAUCUUGUAGCAUUAGUUAGCACCCUUAAAACGAAGAGACAAAAAGUUUUAUCAUUCACGGUGGUAUUACUGAUUUGAAUAAAAUGGUUGUGAGCUAGAACAAAAAAAAUAAUUAAGAAUAGAGGAGAGAAUAAUUAUUUUGUCUUGUCACAACCUUCAUGUGUUUGAUUUCCUUCUAGUAUCAUAAUAAGUAGCGGGAUAUAUAUAUGUAUUGAAUUAAUUUUCUAGUUUAUUGAUGGAAGACGAUUUUGAGGGCGAGCCCUGGUGCAGCGGUAAAGUUGUGCCUUGGUGACUUGUUGGUCAUGGGUUCGAAUCUGGAAACAGCCUAUUUGCAUAUGCAAGGGUAAGACUGCGUACAACAUCCCUCCCCCAUACCUUCGCAUAGCGAAGAGUCUUUGAGCAAUGAGGUACGAAGUUAUUGAUGGAAGAGGAUUUUAUUAUGCUGGUAUUCGAGGUAAACAUAGCAUUAGCAAUAACCAUAGCCAUUUUGUUUCUUGGGUAACAAUUAGAGACUUUCUAGGUUGUGUUAGGUUUGGAAACUUUACAUGUAAUUUUGAUUUAAUAUUAGUCUAAGGUAAAGUUUGUGAGCCUUUUAUUU